AUGGGACACAAGGGCAUUCGCACAGCUCUCAAAGUCGAUCUCGACAAGCCAGCCUGGGAGCAGCCUGGGUUACAUAACCGAUGGCACCCGGAUGUUCCCUCCUGCGGUAAGAUCGCCAACAAUGAAGUCGUUAAAAUCGAAUGUCUGGACUGGACCGGAGGACAAAUCAAAAAUAAUGACUCGGCCGACGACGUCAAGAAUGUGGACCUGACGCAGAUUCACUAUCUAUCUGGCCCAUUCGACAUUGAGACUGCCGAGCCUGGAGAUGUCCUUCUGGUCGAAAUCCAAGAUGUUCAGCCUUUCCAAGACCAGCCUUGGGGAUUCUCUGGUGUGUUCCAUAAGCAGAAUGGUGGAGGCUUUUUGGACGAGAUUUACCCUGAAUCAGCAAAGGCGAUCUGGGACUUCGAGGGCAUUUUCUGUUCCUCUCGUCAUAUCCCUCAUGUGCGUUUCGCAGGCCUCAUCCAUCCCGGUAUCCUAGGAUGUGCACCCUCCACAGAGGUUCUGGCAGAGUGGAAUCGCCGUGAAGGCGAGUUGAUCGCAGCCAAUACAACCAGUCGCGAGGUUGCGAAGCCACCUGAGCCCAAGAGUGCACAUGCUGGGAGCGCGGAAGCGAGUCUCAAAGAAAGGAUUGCCAAAGAAGGAGCUCGGACUAUUCCUGGUCGUCCCGAACAUGGAGGAAACUGUGACAUCAAGAACCUCUCCCGAGGCUCGAAAGUGUAUCUACCGGUCCACGUCCCUGGAGCGAAAUUCUCCGUAGGAGACCUGCACUUCUCUCAAGGUGACGGAGAAAUCUCCUUCUGUGGUGCCAUCGAAAUGGCCGGGAUCAUUACUCUCAAGUUCACCGUGAUGAAGGGCGGCAUGGCCAAGUUAGGCAUGAAGUCGCCAAUCUUCCACCCAGGACCAGUUGAGCCACAGUUUGGCCCUGGUCGAUACCUCACCUUCGAGGGUUUCUCCGUCGAUGAGAACGGAAAACAGCACUGCCUCGAUGCUACCGUUGCUUAUCGACAGACGUGUCUCCGCGUGAUCGAGUACCUUCGUCGGUAUGGCUACAGUGACUAUCAGAUUUAUUUACUACUCAGCUGCGCUCCAGUUCAGGGUCACAUUGCUGGCAUAGUGGAUAUUCCGAAUGCGUGCACCACAAUGGGGGUGCCGAUGGAUAUCUUUGAUUUUGAUAUUAGACCUGAGGCGGAGGUUGUUAAGUUGGAUAUGGGCAGCUGUGCAUUUGCGAGAAACUAA